UUUGCGCUUAAACAAAAUGGCAGCCACCACGAUGGAAUUCGUCGAAUUUGUUUACGAGAACUUAAAAAUUGAACUAAAAGUUGAUUCUUCAAUUAAACGUCGUUUAGAAAAUGAUCAUGAUUUCAUUCCUCGGUUUUUUGAAGAACUGAUAUAUGAGAGGGGAAUGAGAGAACAGAUUGGUUUACCAGAAGAUGUUGAUAUUAAUUCAAUAAGACUGGCCAGCAAAUCACACGAGGAGGGAGAAUCAGGAGACUUCUCUUGGACUGAUUCCUCCACGCGGUUGUUGAUAACAACAAGAUUAAAUAUGGACGAUGAAUUCAGAAAACCCAUAAGAAAAACAAAAUUAUGGGAUUCAAUAUCAAAAAAGAUGGAAAAUCAUGGUUACACUAUUUCUCCCAGUGACUGUGAUAAGAAAUGGAGAAAUCUGAAGACGACAUAUAAAAGAAAUAGAGAUAAGGCAAAACAACACACUGGGGAAUCUGCCAUUACCUGGCCAUACUUCAAGUUACUGGACCAGGAACUUGGAUCUAGAGUGGACAUCAAUCCUCCAGAAGAAAGUAUCAUUUCUUCUGAACCAUGCGUGGAGCAGAUCCCAUCUCCCAGUGAACUUUCAAGCAGUUAGUCAGGAUUGCCUGCCCACUCUGAAUGUGAUGUGGCAGCAGUACAUCCCCCUUCAAUAAAUUCUUUUCGGAAUCACACAAAUUUAAAAAGAAAAAGAAAAGAAGAUCCACCAGAGUGGUUUCAAGCUUGGGCCAGUAAGCAAGAACAAGAGAAGAAAGAGGAUCGUGAGAGAGAAGAUCAGCGCUGGCAGGAGUUUAAAGAGAUCGAAGAAAAGCGUUUGAAACAAGAGAAAGAAUGUGAAGAGAAGAGAGUGAACAUGAUUAGUUCUCUUCUAAAUGUAUUGCAAAAAAUUGCAGAAAAAUAAAAUUGUUUUAUUUACAAUAAUUUUUACAUUUGAUAUUUUUAAUCUUUGCUCAAUUUUUACAUUUCCCCCAAUUAUUUAACUUUAGUAUAAUUCAAUGAAUUGUAUUAGUGAGAAUAACAUUUAUUAAACAAUUUCAUAUAACUAAUGAGAAAAUGAUAAAAUUGUACAUAAAAUUUUAAAUUUAUAUGAUUUUACACAUAUAUUUUAAUAAAGUUUCUGAUAAUAAAGGCUAAUAAAUACAUUUCUAACACACCGGUUUAAUACAUGCUGGGUUGA